GGUGGCCACAUGCGUGUGGCUGUGCAGUUGUGAAGUAAAUAAGUGAAAUAAAACUGCAACUACUCAACACCUGCAAAAUGAAGGACACACCGCUGUCUAACUGUGAGCGGGAUUUCCUGCUCAAAGCCAUCGAGGAGAAAAAGCGCCUGGAUGGACGACAGACCUACGACUACAGAAAGAUGAAGAUCACGUUUGGGACUGACUAUGGGUGCUGCUUUGUGGAUCUCGGAAAAACCAGGGUCAUGGCACAGGUGUCAGGUGAGCUGGUGGCUCCUAAAGAGAAUCGACCAAACGAGGGAAUCAUGUUCUUCAACAUCGAGCUGUCACCCAUGGCCUCACCAGCAUUUGAACAAGGCAGACAGUCAGAGUUGUCAGUGAAGCUUAACAGACAGCUGGAGAGAUGCUUGAGGAACUCCAAGUGCAUUGAUACUGAGUCCCUGUGUGUGGUGUCUGGAGAAAAGGUGUGGCAGAUCAGAGUGGACGUUCACAUGUUGAAUCACGACGGGAACCUGAUGGACGCGGCCAGCAUCGCUGCCAUCACCGCUCUGUGCCACUUCAAGCGUCCUGACGUCGGCAUCCAGGGAGAUGAAGUCACUGUGUACAGUCCAGAAGAGAGGGACCCCAUUCCUCUGAGUAUCUACCACAUGCCCAUCAGCGUCAGCUUCUCCUUCUUCCAACAAGGAACCUACCUGCUGGUGGACCCCUGUGAACGGGAGGAGCGGGUGAUGGACGGCCUGCUGAUGAUCGCCAUGAACAAACACAGAGAAAUCUGCUCCAUCCAGUCCAGCGGGGGCAUCAUGCUGCUUAAAGAGCAGGUUAUGAGAUGCAGUAAAAUAGCCAGCGUAAAGGUGUCUGAAAUCACAGAACUCAUCAGCAAAGCCCUGGAAAACGACAAGAGAGCAAGAAAAGCAGGCGGGAGGUGUGGUUUUGCGGAGUCAAUGCCACAGGAGCGAAUCACAGCUCUUAAAACGGACGAGACCUCGGUGGAGAUGACUGAUGCGUCAGAAAGAGCCAAUGACAUCGUCGAGAAUGCCGAGGUCCCGCCUCAAACGGUGCCUUCCCCAGUGGUGCCUGCGCCAGGGGUGGGGCAGGUGGGGCAGGGCCUGCAGAACACCUGGGGACUGGAAGAGGAGGAGGAUGGUGAUGAAGAGGAGGAAGAACAACAAAUGGAAGAGGAACAGGAUGAAAAGGAAGACAGUAGAGAAGGAGAUGUGGUUGAGAUAUCUGACAGUGAAGAGGAGGAAGUGGUCAUACUUCAUCCAGAAACACAGGACAAAUCUAAAAAUGCAGCAUCCAGUUCCAACCAGAAGGGGGCAGAAACGUCAAAACAAAGACAGAAAAAAUGAAAGCAAGAACUCCUUGAACUGUAUAUAAGGCUCAGACACUGCACCAUGCCUUCAUAAGGAAGACCGAGGUCCUGGAUAAGUAAUUAUAAUGGCUGUGAAUUGGGAUCAAAUAGAUGCUACAGAAACACUUUGAUUCUGUGAUAGUUCAGUUCUUGUUUGUAGCCCUUUGAAUGGAUACAAAAAAACGUACUGCGCUUGUAUAGAACAUGUUUUACAUUUUUUUUUUAAACAAUAAAAAUAUGUAAAAGGUCUUUGAUGAUAUUGAAUUCAGAAAAUUCUUCUCCCCACAGUUUGAUGUUAAGCAACGAUUUAAAUUUGCAAACUGAUGGAUUUUGUAAGAAAAAAGACAACUGUGUUGUUCAAUGUGAAACAAAAUAAAAAUGGAAAUACAUAAAUAUU